CUGUUACGUCUUUUACAAAACAACUCAAGCGUUUAAUGACAAUUGAAUCAAAACAUUCGAGAUAAUUCUUCCCUUUUAGCUCCUUUUGUCUUUUGCAAUAAGUUUAGUAUUUUCUUGAGUGAUAUUUUACCGGACGAGUUAGGAGUAACACAUAAUUAUUGCAUGUGUGGGCACUAAAAUUUUGACCAAUAAGAAUGAGGCUAUUCAGAUCAAAAUUUGACAUUCUCAUCCUGUGGCAAGAGCGAAACAUAGUUUAAUGACCGAAAACAAAGCAACUGACAAAGCACAAUUGGACAGCUAUUGUUAGCUCACAAUAUCAUCUUAUUUUUGAACACUUUGAAGAGUCACGAUGAAACGAAAGUGACUUGUCGGUGAUGUAGGAUCGUUAAGUCGCCGCCGUUAUCACUGAUGUUUCGUUUUAGCAAGAUGUCACCGAAACAUGGCUCAGCAAAUUCCGUCCAACUCACAUCUUUUAACCACAUAAACGGAGAUUCUUCGACCAGUUCGCAAGACAAUCCAAGCAGUGGAGUGCAGCAGAUUCGCACAGCGAUUCAGGGCUCUUCCAAGGCGCAAAUCCUUGGACCAACAGGAACUGUACGCGGAUACAAGAAUAUAAUCAGAGAACGGAAGGAAGUUUUGAGACUUAGCUUUGUUGGAGAAACUUCAGAGGAAAACGAAGAAGGCAAGAUCGUUGUUUACACUACUUCAAUGGGAGGAAUUCGAUCAAAAGUGGGAGAGUGUGCGUACAUCAGGAAAUUAUUUGACAAUCUGGGACUUAAAGUGGACGAGCGAGAUAUAUUUAUGCACAGAGACUAUCAAAGCCAACUUGACAUGCGACUGGCAAGCCAAAACGCCUCCGUUCCUCAUGUAUUUGUAAAUGGCGUUUCUCUAGGGGGUGUUAAAGAACUGGAGCAUUUAAAUGAAACUGGAGAACUCAAAAUUUUACUUGAAAACUUUGAGAGGCGGACUAGUGGCGUAUGCCCAGGCUGUGGUGGUUUCCGCUACAUUAAUUGUACGCAGUGUCAUGGAAGUAAGAGAUCACGAAAAACAAGAAUUUCAAGGGAGAUAAAUGUUUUACGAUGUAUUGCGUGCAAUGAGAACGGCUUGCAGCUCUGCCCAGAGUGUUCGAAAUAACCAAACAGGAUCUGCUGUUAUAAGCAAGAAUGACAAACAACAGGGUAACACGGGCCAGAAUCUCGAAACUAUAAAGACGGAGAAAGAAAACGGGUGUACUUCGUCUGAGUUCCAGCCGUGCGGAGUCAUCUAAAUCAAUGCUUAUAAUUAUAUUAUAAUUAUGCCGGCUGGUUCGACUUUGGAUGAAUGAAUGAAAACUUAUGGUAGACUGGCGGCUUCCUACUCUGUAAACAAAAUGACUAUUAGCAUUAUUAAAACUACUCGACCCUAGAACGCCGGCCAUGAACACCUGAAGCGGUCCCAAAACUGGACGUUUCAAAAUAUGUAGGGUGCGGGUUAUUGAUUAAAACCCAACAACUUUGGUGGAAAUAGAAUAAUCAAGACAGAUGUGAAAUAAACUUUUUCGAAAUGUUUUGCCAAGUUUAAACUAGAAAGACUAAUUAAACUGAAAGUGGAUUUGUCUUUUCACUUUUGGCCGGAGUCUGCCCUCUUUCGUACCCG